AUGGAUUCAGCCACAGUAGUCGAAUGGUCGCUAUUACUCGCCUGUUUGUCAGGAACAAUCGACUCAUCAGUGGAUCAUAUGGCCAGUGGCCAGUGGCAGUCCACGUCAGAUGCUGAUGCUGCGCGGCGCCAAGGCCCAACUCCAAGGGAGGCGUCGGAGGCAGUCCCACCUGUCAACGAAGAUCAGCAUGAUCUGAGUGCUCCAGAGGAAAUUAAUUCAUCUGAUUUAUAUCCGGUGCAGCCAGUUGAAGUAUUUCAUAUACCUUACCUGUUAAGUGAUUUGAUGGGAUGGACGAAUGUGCAACAUGAUACAUUACAUCCCUUCAUCCCUUCAUCCCUCCUGUCGGGAACAUGGAGGACGGGAACUCUGACAACGGAGCUGGCCAAUCAGGAAUACAGAUUAUUGAAGCAAAGGCCGGAAGGACAAUCCGACAAAGCGGGCUGCGGCCGACCGUCUGUCGAUCAUGAUCAUCUGCGUCAUCUCUCCGAGAUCAAUAUACCGUCAAGCGACUCAAGCAGUGCUCAGCCACGAAGAAAGAAAGAUCUCGAUCGAGAGGAAAUGAAUGAAUGA